AUAAUUAAAAAAUAAAAAAGAAGAAGAUGUUUAAUUGGCAUUAUGCUCAACCUGGCCUAAUAUUUGGUAGCUUGCAUUGAUUAUUCAUUCGUCUGUGGUCACAUAUUUUGGUUCUACACGCGGGGAGUUGCGGAAGCCCUAGAAGCACAGCAACUCAAACCUCCAACUCCAUCGUAAUUCGCAAGACAAGUAAGGACAAAGACGACGAUGGAGAACGGACCAAAUAAAUGGGGUUUUCAAGGGAAGCAGGAGCUGAACGCAGCGGCAGCCAUCACCGUCCGAGGAUUCCUCAACAUGUUAAUGGGCAACAUCAACAAAGAUGAUAGCAGGCCGAUCAUUCCUCUUGGUCAUGGCGACCCCUCUCAUUUUCCGAGCUUCAGGACUACCCCUGCAGCCGUAGAUGCCAUCGUUGACGCCGUAGGGUCGGGUAAAUAUAAUUGUUAUGCGCCAACUGUUGGUAUUCUUCCAGCAAGGAGGGCAAUUGCGGAUUACCUCAACCGUGAUCUUCCAUACAAAUUAUUGGCAGAUGAUGUUUAUCUCACAAUUGGAUGUACCCAAGCGAUAGAAAUUGUAUCAGCAGUUCUUUCCCGCCCUGGUGCCAACAUUCUGCUUCCUCGACCGGGCUUCCCAUACUAUGAAGCUUGUGCUGCUUCUAACCAUCUUGAAGUCCGUCAUUUUGACCUUCUUCCUGAAAAAGGUUGGGAGGUUGAUCUUGAUGCCAUAGAGACUCUUGCAGAUGAGAAUACUGUCGCUAUGGUUAUUAUAAACCCAGGCAACCCUUGUGGAAAUGUCUUCGGGUAUGAUCAUUUAAAAAAGGUUGCAGAGACAGCUAGAAAGCUUGGGAUUUUGGUCAUUGCUGAUGAAGCUUAUGACAAUAUCGCAUUUGGAAGCACUCAAUAUGUGCCAAUGCGAGUGUUUGGGCCAAUUGUGCCUGUUCUCACCCUUGGGUCUAUAUCAAAGAGAUGGAUUGUUCCUGGCUGGCGCCUUGGUUGGCUUGUGACAAGUGAUCCAAAUGGCAUUCUUCGAAAAUCUGGGGUAAUUGAUUCGAUCAUAGGAUUCCUUGAUAUCUCCGCUGAUCCAGCUACAUUUAUUCAGGCAGCAGUUCCUCAGAUCAUUGAGAAUACAAAGGAUGAUUUUUUUUCGAAGAUUAUCUGCAUACUAAGGGAAACUGCUGACUUAUGCUAUAAUAGAAUUAAGGAAAUACCCUGCAUAACUUGCCCAAAGAAACCAGAAGGAUCAAUGUUUGUAAUGGUGAAGCUGAAUCUAUCAAUGUUGGAUGAUAUCAAUGAUGAUAUGGAGUUCUGCCUGAAGUUAGCUAAAGAAGAAUCAGUCAUUAUUCUACCAGGGAUAGCAGUGGGAUUGAAGAACUGGCUUCGCAUUACUUUUGCUAUUGAGUCUUCUUCUCUCGAAGAAGGCCUGGCAAGGGUAAAAGCCUUCUGCCAAAGGCAUGCCACGAAGCAAUAAAAUAACUGGACCUAAUUCAGUUUGCUGGUUAACUUGGGUGUUAGCCAAUAAACAGUUACCUUGAACAAAUAAUCCCCUGUUAGUGUGAUCUUUCUACUCAUUUUAAGAUGCGUUGUACUGGGUUUUGGUGAUCGCCAAUAAACUUUUACCUUGAAUAAAUGAUCACCUGUUAGUGUGAUCUUUCUACUCUCACUUUGAUCUCAUGAUUAUUAUAGUUCCAUACAUUGCAAUUUCUUUGAUGUUUAAUGAAUCUAUGAGCAUAAGAAAUUUCCUUUUUUGGUCUGUUGAUGUUUCACACUCAGAAGAGAGCAUAUGUGCGAGUUAAAACCUGCAAAUCAAAACACUCAAUAAUCUAA